AUGGCCACCGCUGCAGUACUAAGUCUCUUGGACGAACAUACCCGACAAGUAGCGUUUGAUGGUAGCCUGGCGAGAUUAAGAGCUGCACCGGGAAUCGACAGCGGCGCGCUCGAUAUCUGCGUGCGACUGUUGCCCAGCGGAAGCGCCCAUGUAGAAGGUGGAAGUACUUCGCAGCAUGAGGAACUAUGGAAUACCGUGUUGGACCGUCUAGUCGACCAAAGGUCACCGGAGAGCCUCUACGAGAUUGCUGAGAUAUGCUACACCCACGACUCGCAUGCCGCAUCUCUUCUCAAUUCCAAAAUCAAGCAAAGCCUUUCCACCCUAGCCACGGAUCUAUCGGCUGAACAAGCAAAUGGGGACAACAUCGAAACUGCAAGAGCCUAUCUCGAAUUCCUGAAAUGCUCCUUUUGGGUACCGGCCGCGUCUUCGUACAUGGUUGACUCGCAAUCUCUCACUCUGCUUUCGAGCUUCGUCGGCAUCGAAGGGUUAGAUGAUACUGCACACGAUACUUUGUCCGCUUUAUGUUCACUGUUGAAGAGCAAGAGAGAGAACUCGCCCACCAAUCUCGAUGAAGUCAUUGAUCAAUCAAUAUGGAACCGAUUCAAUGCACUCGACAUGGCAAGGUUUGCUGCUCGGUCUAGCAAGAUAUACAGGACCUGGUUCCAAUGGAUAUCGCUCGCCGCUUCCGCUGGGCUCAAAUUCGCAUGUGUGAGCAACGAAAAAUACUGGAGAAAGCUCAGGUUAGGUCUUGUCAAAGGCCAUGCGGAUCAACGCAAAUACUGCCUCGGUAUCAUCCGCCAGUCUUUUCUUGCUACUUCUGACCAUGUCGAUACACCUACGAUGCGAUACGAUGCCAGUGGCAAAGACCGGGAGCGGUAUGAUCUAUAUACGACCCUAUUCGAGACCAUCGUGCUUCAUCGGUAUUCUGGCCAGGUCGAGGACUGCCUGAAAUCCAUGACGACGCUUCUUGGCUCUUCUUCAGCAACCAAUCCUUCCCGGAUUACUCCCGCGAUGACGACAACUCUACUCACCGCAGCCUUGAACCCGCUGAUACAGGAGAGCGUUAGGAAGAUGAUCGGCCGCUGGUAUAUGGACUUUGUUGUCGAAGUAAGUCACAUGUCUUCCAUCCUCGUAGACGACAUCGUUUUUAUCGUUAUUGUACUAUCUACGCAACAAAACAAUAGUUUAGAGCGAAAGCCAUGGCCUGCUAGAGACUGA